ACCAGGGGGCGGGCGGGGAGGGGAUGAGCGCCGCAGCCGCCGCCUCUGCGGGAGCAGCCGUCGCCUCCUGCACCGGGGCAGAGGGCGGCUUCUUCUUCCUCUCCGGCGGCUCCGCUCUCGCGGGGGCCAUGGGGCCCGAGGAGGGCUCCGGAGGCGCGCUGGGAGCACUGCCCGGAGCCCUGCCGCCGCCUUCGGGCUGCCGGGGCCGCUACCAACUGCUGCUCUCGGGGAAGGCCCUGGCCGACAGAUACCGGAAGAUUUACACGGCGGCGCUGAGCGACCGGGAGCUGGGCGGCCACCCGGGCAGGAGUAAGAAACUUUUUAGCAAGAAAAAAUUGAAAAGGAAACAGAAGACUAAAUUAAAAGUAAAAACACGCAACAAGGCAGAAAACCUAGAGAGUACAAUAACCAUACCAGAUAUCAGAUUACAUAGCAACCCUUCAGCUUUUAAUGUUUACUGCAACGUCCGGCAUUGUGUAUUGGAGUGGCAAAAAAAAGAAACAUCUGUCUCUUUGACGUCAAAGAACAGUGUACAGAGUGGGGAUUCAGACAGUGAUGAAGAAGAGGAAUCCAAAGAGCCACCCAUUAAACUUCCAAAGAUCAUUGAAGUUGGAUUAUGUGAAGUUUUUGAACUGAUAAAGGAGACCAGAUUUUCUCAUCCAUCCUUGUGUCUCAGGAGCCUACAAGCCCUACUUAAUGUGCUCCAGGGACAGCAACCAGAAGGCCUGCAGUCAGAGCCUCCUGAAGUACUGGAAUCCCUGUUUCAGCUUCUUCUGGAGAUAACUGUCCGUAGCACGGGAAUGAGCGACAGUACAGGACAGUCCUUAACAGCACUUUCCUGCGCGUGCCUCUUCAGUUUGGUAGCUGCAUGGGGAGAGACGGGAAGAACGUUGCAAGCGAUCUCUGCUAUCCUAACCAAUAAUGGCAGCCACGCAUGUCAAACUAUUCAGGUGCCAACAAUUUUAAAUUCUCUUCAGCGGAGUGUACAGGCAGUUUUGGUGGGCAAAAUCCAAAUCCAGGACUGGUUCAGUAAUGGAAUAAAGAAGGCAGCCUUGAUGCACAAAUGGCCAUUGAAAGAAAUAUCUGUAGAUGAAGAUGACCAGUGCCUACUUCAGAGUGAUGGUUUCUUUCUCUAUCUCUUAUGUAAAGAUGGACUUUACAAGAUUGGCUCUGGAUAUAGCGGGACAGUGAGGGGCCAUAUAUACAAUUCUACAUCUCGCAUCAAAAACAGAAAGGAAAAAAAGUCUUGGUUAGGCUAUGCUCAGGGCUAUUUAUUAUAUAGAGAUGUGAACAAUCACAGUAUGACAGCCAUAAGAAUAAAUCCUGAAACUUUGGAGCAGGACGGUACAGUUGCUUUACCAGAUUGUCAUACUGAAGGGCAGAAUAUUCUCUUCACUGAUGGAGAGUAUGUUAAUCAAAUAGCAGCAUCUAGAGAUGAUGGCUUUGUAGUGCGAAUAUUUGCAACAAGUACUGAGCCAGUGCUGCAACAAGAACUGCAGCUUAAGCUUGCAAGAAAAUGCUUACAUGCCUGUGGCAUCUCAUUGUUUGAUCUGGAGAAAGACUUGCACAUUAUCAGUACAGGGUUUGAUGAGGAAUCAGCUGUCCUUGGUGCUGGAAGAGAGUUUGCACUUAUGAAAACUGCUAGUGGAAAGAUUUAUUAUACUGGUAAAUAUCAGAGCCUUGGAAUCAAACAAGGUGGUCCUUCAGCAGGAAAAUGGGUUGAACUACCCAUCACAAAAUCUCCAAAGAUUAUUCAGUUCUCUGUUGGACACGAUGGUUCACAUGCCUUACUUGUUGCGGAUGAUGGAAGUAUAUUCUUCACAGGUUCUGCUAGUAAAGGAGAGGAUGGUGAAUCAACAAAAAGCAGACGACAGUCAAAACCGUAUAAGCCUAAAAAAAUAAUCAAAAUGGAAGGAAAGAUUGUGAUAUCUACAGCUUGCAAUAAUGGAAGCAGUUCUGUAAUUUCAAAAGACGGAGAACUCUACAUGUUUGGAAAAGAUGCCAUUUACUCUGAUAGUACAAGUUUGGUAACAGAUUUGAAAGGCCAUUUUGUGACUCAAGUAGCCAUGGGGAAAGCUCACACCUGUGUGCUAAUGAAGAAUGGAGAAGUUUGGACAUUUGGUGUAAAUAAUAAAGGACAAUGUGGACGAGACACGGGCUCCAUGAGCCAAGGAGGAAAAGGCUUUGGAGUUGAGAACAUGGCAACAGCAAUGGAUGAAGAUUUAGAAGAGGAACUGGAUGAAAAAGAUGAGAAAUCCAUGAUGUGCCCUCCAGGCAUGCAUAAAUGGAAGCUGGAGCAGUGCAUGGUGUGCACUGUUUGUGGAGACUGCACAGGCUAUGGAGCUAGCUGUGUUAGUAGUGGCCGUCCUGACAGAGUUCCUGGAGGAAUCUGUGGCUGUGGCUCAGGUGAGUCGGGCUGUGCUGUAUGUGGCUGCUGCAAGGCAUGUGCUAGAGAACUGGAUGGCCAGGAGGCAAGGCAAAGAGGAAUCCUUGAUGCUGUAAAAGAGAUGAUACCUUUAGAUCUCUUAUUAGCUGUCCCAGUUCCUGGAGUUAAUAUUGAAGAACACCUACAGUUACGGCAAGAAGAAAAGCGGCAGCGUGUAAAUAGGAGACACAGACUGGAAGAAGGAAGGGGCCCCCUUGUAUUUCCUGGUCCUAUUUUUAUGAACCAUCGAGAACAGGCUCUAGCCAGAAUCAGACCCCAUCCAGCACAGCUAAAGCCUAAGCGGGACAAGCACAAAGACGGAAGUGGAGAAAGAGGUGAGAAGGAUGCAAGCAAAAUUACAACCUAUCCACCAGGGGCUGUUCGCUUUGACUGUGAGCUGCGAGCUGUACAAGUCAGUUGUGGAUUUCACCAUUCAGUGAUUUUGAUGGAGAAUGGUGAUGUUUACACAUUUGGAUAUGGACAGCAUGGGCAACUUGGACAUGGUGAUGUAAAUUCCAGGGGAUGUCCUACUUUGGUGCAAGCAUUACCAGGUCCUAGUACACAAGUUACUGCUGGAAGCAACCAUACAGCUAUUCUCUUAAUGGAUGGCCAGGUUUUCACAUUUGGAAGUUUCUCAAAAGGUCAGCUUGGUAGACCAAUUCUGGAUAUGCCUUACUGGAAUGCGAAACCAGCACCUAUGCCUAAUAUUGGUUCUAAAUAUGGACGCAAAGCAACAUGGAUUGGAGCAAGUGGAGACCAGACUUUCCUCCGGAUUGAUGAAGCUCUCAUUAAUUCUCAUGUGCUUGCUACAUCAGAGAUAUUUGCAAGCAGGCAUAUAAUAGGUUUGGUACCAGCUUCAAUAUCAGAACCUCCUCCUUUUAAGUGUCUUCUGAUAAACAAAGUAGAUGGCAGUUGCAAAACAUUCAAUGAUUCUGAGCAGGAAGACCUUCAAGGUUCUGGUGUGUGUCUGGAUCCUGUCUAUGAUGUUAUUUGGAGGUUUCGACCAAAUGCUAGGGAACUGUGGAGUUACAAUGCUGUAGUUGCGGAUUCCAGACUUCCCUCAGCUCCAGACAUGCAAUCCCGGUGUAGUAUUUUGAGUCCAGAACUUGCUCUGCCAACAUGUUCCAAAGCUCUAACCACCAGAUCUCAUGCAGCUUUGCACAUUCUAGGUUGUCUUGAUACUUUGGCUGCUAUGCAGGACUUGAAAAUGGGUAUAGCAAAUACAGAAGAAGAGACUCAAGCAGUAAUGAAGGUUUACUCUAAAGAAGACUAUAGUAUUGUUAACAGAUUUGAAAGUCAUGGAGGUGGCUGGGGUUAUUCAGCCCACUCAGUAGAAGCUAUCCGUUUCUGUGCCGAUACAGAUAUUUUGUUAGGUGGUCUUGGUCUUUUUGGAGGGAGGGGUGAAUACACUGCUAAAAUAAAGUUGUUUGAAUUGGGUCCAGAUGGAGGAGAUCAUGAGACUGAUGGCGACCUUCUUGCUGAAACAGAUGUCUUAGCAUAUGAUUGUGCUGCUAGAGAGAAAUAUGCAAUGAUGUUUGAUGAACCAGUACUCCUACAAGCUGGCUGGUGGUAUGUAGCCUGGGCAAGAGUGUCAGGACCUAGCAGUGACUGUGGAUCUCAUGGACAGGCCUCUAUUACUACAGAUGAUGGUGUUGUCUUUCAAUUUAAAAGUUCCAAGAAAUCAAAUAAUGGUACAGAUGUUAAUGCAGGGCAAAUCCCGCAGUUACUGUACAGGUUACCAACAAGUGAUGGCAGUGCAUCCAAAGGAAAACAGCAAACUAGUGAACCUGUUCAUAUUUUAAAGAGAUCUUUUGCCAGAACUGUUUCAGUGGAAUGCUUUGAGUCUUUAUUGAGCAUUCUUCACUGGAGCUGGACAACACUGGUGCUAGGAGUUGAAGAACUUCGUGGACUGAAAGGAUUCCAAUAUACUGCUACUCUUUUGGAUCUAGAAAGGUUGCGCUUUGUGGGUACUUGCUGUCUGAGGUUGCUGAGGGUCUACACCUGUGAAAUAUAUCCAAUAUCAGCUACAGCUAAGGCGGUUGUAGAAGAAACCAGUAAACUGGCAGAUUGCAUUGGAAAAACUAGGACCUUGCUGAGAAAAAUUCUGUCUGAAGGAGUUGAUCAUUGCAUGGUCAAGCUGGACAAUGAUCCCCAAGGAUAUCUCAGUCAGCCCUUGAGUCUUUUAGAAGCUGUCCUUCAAGAAUGCCAUAAUACCUUUACAGCUUGCUUUCAUUCAUUCUAUCCAACACCAUCUCUCCAGUGGGCAUGUCUAUGUGACUUGCUGAAUUGUUUGGACCAGGAUAUCCAGGAAGCAAAUUUCAAAACCUCCAGUAGUCGGCUUCUUGCUGCUGUUAUGUCUGCUCUCUGCCACACAUCAGUAAAACUGACCUCUAUCUUUCCAAUUGCUUAUGAUGGAGAAGCAUUGCUGCGUUCAGUGGUCAAACAAGUCAGCACUGAGAAUGACUCUGCUCUGGCCCAUCGUUUCCCCCUUUUGGUUUCACAUAUGGAAAAACUGAGUCAGAGUGAAGAAAAUGUUUCAGGGAUGACAAGCUUUCGGGAAGUGCUGGAAAAGAUGUUGGUCAUUGUUGUUUUACCAGUCCGGAACAGCCUUAGGCGAGAAAAUGAACUUUUCUCUUCACAUCUCGUUUCUAAUACCUGUGGGUUGCUUGCUAGUAUUGUGAGUGAGCUUACAGCAUCAGCAUUAGGAUCUGAGGUUGAUGGACUGAACUCUCUUCAUUCUGUCAAAUCCACUCCAAACAGAUUCACUAAAACAAGUCAGGGAAGAAGCUGGAAUACUGGGAAUGGAUCUCCUGAUGCAAUAUGUUUCUCUGUGGACAAAGCUGGUGUCGUUGUAGUAGGAUUUUCUGUUUAUGGUGGAGGGGGAAUUCAUGAAUAUGAGCUGGAAGUAUUAGUUGAUGAUAGUGAUCACACUGGAGAUUCAACUCAUUCUCAUAGAUGGACAUCAUUAGAGUUGGUUAAAGGAACUUACACCACAGAUGAUUCUCCCAGUGACAUAGCUGAAAUUAGACUUGACAAAGUUGUGCCACUGAAGGAAAAUGUGAAAUAUGCAGUUCGUUUAAGGAAUUACGGAAGCCGAACUGCCAAUGGAGAUGGAGGAAUGACCACAGUUCAGUGUUCUGAUGGUGUAACAUUUACCUUUAGUACGUGCAGUCUGAGCAGUAAUGGCACAAACCAAACACGGGGACAAAUUCCACAGAUUCUGUAUUACAGGAGUGAGUAUGACGGAGAUCUGCAAUCACAGCUUUUGAAUAAAGCUAAUGAAGAAGACAAAAAUUGUAGCAGGGCUCUUUCUGUUGUGAGUGCUGUUGUACGAGCAGCCAAAGACCUGUUGCACAGGGCUCUUGCUGUAGAUGCUGAAGACAUUCCAGAACUACUCAGCUCUUCCAGUCUGUUCUCAAUGCUGCUUCCCCUCAUAAUAGCCUACAUAGGACCAGUUGCAGCAGCAAUCCCCAAGGUUGCUGUAGAGGUCUUUGGCCUAGUACAGCAAUUACUUCCUUCUGUGGCAGUUCUGAAUCAGAAAUAUGCUCCUCCAGCUUUUAACCCCAAUCAGUCUACAGACAGCACCACAGGAAACCAGCCAGAGCAAGGGCUUUCAGCUUGUACUACCUCUAAUCACUAUGCUGUUGUGGAAAGUGAACAUCCCUAUAAACCUGCCUGUGUUACACACUAUAAGGUAACCUUUCCUGAAUGUGUCAGAUGGAUAACAAUAGAAUUUGACACUCAGUGUGGCACUGCUCAAUCAGAGGAUGUUCUUCGUUUACUAAUUCCUGUCAGAAUUGCACAGAGUCUGGGAUUUGGACCAAAACAUGCUUCUGUUCAUGAAAAUCUUAAUUCAUGGAUAGAACUCAAAAAAUUCUCGGGAUCUUCAGGAUGGCCUACAAUGGUAUUAGUAUUGCCAGGAAAUGAAGCUCUGUUUUCUCUGGAGACUGCAUCAGACUAUGUGAAAGAUGAAAAAGCUUGUUUUUAUGGUUUCAAAUGUUAUGCAAUUGGAUAUGAAUUUAGUCCAGGAUCUGAUGAGGGUAUUAUUCAGCUGGAAAAAGAAUUGGCCAAUUUAGGAGGGUCAUGCGCAGCAGCUUUGAUGAAGAAAGAUCUAGCACUUCCUAUUGCAGGUAAUGAAUUUGAAGAAGACCUUGAGAUUCUUGAGGAGGCUGCUUUACAGGUGUGCAAAUCUCAUUCUGGAAUUCUUGGAAAAGGGUUGGCACUGUCUCACUCACCAACAAUACUGGAAGCUCUUGAAGGAAGUCUUCCACUGCAAGUACAAAGCAAUGAGCAGUCUUUUCUGGAGGAUUUCAUUGCUUGUGUACCAGGAUCAAGUGGUGGACGACUUGCCAGAUGGCUUCAGCCAGAUUCGUAUGCGGAUCCUCAAAAGACAUCACUGAUUUUGAAUAAGGAUGAUAUUCGUUGUGGUUGGCCAACUGUUAUUACAGUACAAACAAAAGACCAGUAUGGGGAUGUUGUUCAUGUUCCUAAUAUGAAGGUAGAAGUCAAAGCUAUUCCUGUUUCUCAGAAAAAAACAUCUUUGCAACAAGAGCAAGUUAAAAAGGUUCAACGGAUACCAGGGAGUCCUGCUGCUGCUGCUUCCCCUAGCACUGAUAUGACUUUUGGAGGUCUUCCUUCACCAAAGCUUGAUUCUUCAUAUGAGCCAAUGAUAGUAAAAGAAGCUCGAUAUAUUGCUAUUACAAUGAUGAAGGCAUAUGAAAAUUAUUCUUUUGAAGAACUGCGCUUUGCUUCACCAACACCAAAGAGACCCAGUGAAAACAUGCUGAUCAGAGUCAAUAAUGAUGGUACAUACUGUGCAAACUGGACUCCCGGAGCUGUUGGUCUCUAUACUAUUCAUGUUACUAUAGAUGGCAUUGAAAUAGAUGCCGGGCUAGAAGUAAAAGUAAAAGAUCCUCCAAAGGGAAUGAUACCGCCGGGAACCCAACUUAUUAAACCAAAGGCAGAGCCUCAGCCAAACAAGGUUCGCAAAUUUGUGGCCAAGGACAGUGCAGGGCUUCGUAUCCGUAGCCACCCUUCCCUUCAGAGUGAGCAAAUAGGCAUAGUGAAAGUCAAUGGAUCCAUCACUUUCAUUGACGAGAUCCACAAUGAUGAUGGUGUUUGGCUGAGGCUGAAUGAUGAGACAAUAAAGAAGUAUGUUCCUAACAUGAAUGGUUAUACUGAAGCCUGGUGUCUCUCUUUUAACCAGCAUCUUGGCAAGAGCCUUCUGGUACCUGUUGACGAGUCUAGGCCUAGUACUGGUGAUUUUUUCAAAGACCUAAAUUCACACUGCCCGCAGGAAGCAGUGAUGCAAGAACAAGAUAUGUCAUUACUUCGAGGUGGUCCCGGAGUGUACAAGGUAGUGAAGACUGGCCCAUCAGGUCACAACAUCAGAAGCUGUCCUAACCUUAGAGGUAUCCCAAUUGGAAUGUUAGUUCUGGGAAACAAAGUCAAAGCAGUGGGCGAGGUGACUAAUUCAGAAGGUACAUGGGUGCAAAUGGAUAAGAACAGCAUGGUAGAGUUCUGUGAAAGUGAUGAAGGCGAGGCGUGGUCGUUAGCUAGAGACAGAGGUGGAAACCAGUACCUCCGACACGAAGAUGAGCAAGUUCUUCUAGAUCAGAACGUUCAGACUCCUCCUCCAAGUCCAUUUUCAAUGCAAGCUUUCAGUAAGGGGACAAGCUGUAGUAAUGGACAAGGGUUUGAUUACGGCCUUGGAAAUAACAAAGGUGACCAACUGAGUGCCAUACUGAAUUCCAUUCAGUCACGGCCAAAUCUCCCAGCUCCUUCCAUCUUUGAUCAAGCUGCAAAACCUCCCUCUUCCCUAGUCCACAGUCCAUUUGUGUUCGGACAGCCCCUUUCCUUCCAGCAGCCUCAGCCACAGCUUCAGAGUGACCGAGUGAAUUUCACAGGAGCUGCUAGACCUAUUUCUCCAGCGGGAAAAUCAGACAUGUCAUCAAAACACAGAUCUGACAGCAGGUCACCGAAGCUUGACGUGCGAAUGAAUAGAGCUGCUGCUGACCAGAAGAAACCUAGGAAUACUGACGGCCUAACAGCCAGUGAAUCUCUGCUGCUGAAAUCAGAUGCUGCAAAGUUGCGGUCAGAUCCUCACAGCAGAUCUUUGUCUCCAAAUCAUAAUACUUUGCAAACACUAAAAACUGAUGGAAGAACUACAACUGGUCUGAGAGCUGAAUCUCCGGGGCCAGGAACUCGGUCAUCUUCUCCAAAGACAAAGACACUUACAGCAGUUAGAUCUGGUGCUAGUUCUCCACGAUCCUCAUCACCCCAUGAUAAAACGGUACCUCAGAAAGCUUCAUCUCCUGUAAAAACAAAGCUUGAUCCUCCUCGAGAACGAUCCAAAUCAGAUUCUUACACAUUAGAUCCAGACACUCUUCGCAAAAAGAAAGUACCGCUAACAGAAUCAUUAAGGGGGAGAUCAACUUCACCCAAACCAAAAAUUAUUACAAAGGACAUGACACCUACAGAAACUGAAAAUAGAGCUCCAUCCCCUCAUGUCGUCCAAGAAAACCUUCACAGUGAGGUUGUUGAAGUGUGUACUUCAAGUACUCUAAAGACUAACAGCAUUACAGAUAGCACUUGUGAAGACAACACAGAAUUCAGAAGUCUGGACGACAGUUCUAGUAAAGUUCAUUUCAGCAUAGGGAAAGCACCUCUGAAAGAUGAGCAAGACAUGAGAGCAUCUCCAAAAGUGAGCCGUAAAUGUGCUGGUAGGCAUACAAGACCCAAAAAGGAGAAAUCCAAUUUUCUUUUUAAAGGAGAUGGCUCCAAGUCUAUAGAGCCAGCCAAGCAAGCAAUGUCACCUUCUGUUGCAGAAUGUGCUAGAGCUGUGUUCGCUGCUUUUCUUUGGCAUGAAGGAAUAGUUCAUGAUGCUAUGGCUUGUUCAUCUUUUUUGAAGUUUAAUCCAGAGCUGUCCAAAGAGCAUGCACCAAUACGAAGCAGUCUCAGUCAACAACCUGUAGAGGAAAAAGAAACCAAGUUGAAAAAUAGGCAUUCAUUGGAAAUAUCCUCUGCUCUUAACAUGUUCAACAUUGCUCCCCAUGGACCAGAUAUAUCUAAAAUGGGCAGCAUCAACAAAAACAAGGUCCUUUCAAUGUUAAAAGAACCACCUUUGCAUGAAAAGUGUGAGGAUGGAAAAAUUGAAACUACCUCCUUUGAAACAUCUAGUCAUCACACUAUGAAAUCCAAGUCUCCUCUUCCAUUAACACUGCAGCACUUGGUAGCUUUCUGGGAAGAUAUUUCUUUAGCAACUAUUAAAGCAGCUUCCCAAAAUAUGAUUUUUCCAAGUCCUGGUUCUUGUGCAGUGUUAAAGAAGAAGGAAAAUGACAAAGAUAACAAGAAAACCAAGAAAGAGAAAAAGAAAAAAGAGAAGGUUGAGGCUAGACCAAGGGGAAAUCUUUUUGGUGAGAUGGCCCAAUUAGCUGUAGGAGGACCUGAAAAAGACACAAUCUGUGAGUUGUGUGGAGAAUCACAUCCAUAUCCAGUGACUUAUCACAUGAGACAAGCUCAUCCAGGUUGUGGUCGUUAUGCUGGUGGCCAAGGUUAUAAUAGCAUAGGACACUUCUGUGGAGGAUGGGCUGGUAAUUGUGGUGAUGGUGGUAUUGGAGGAAGCACUUGGUAUUUGGUAUGUGAUCGAUGCAGAGAAAAAUACCUCCGUGAAAAGCAAGCAGCAGCAAGAGAGAAGAUUAAACAAUCUAGGAGAAAACCAAUGCAAGUUAAGACUCCUCGUGCCUUGCCAACUAUGGAAGCUCACCAAGUGAUUAAAGCUAACGCACUAUAUUUGCUGUCACUGAGCAGUGCUGCUGAGCCUAGUAUCCUCUGCUAUCACCCUGCAAAAGCAUUCCAAUCUCAACUUCCCAGUCUAAAAGAAGGAAUUUCUGAAGAUUUUCCCAUUAAAAUGCCAUGUCUGUAUCUACAGACUUUAGCAAGGCAUCAUCAUGAAAACUUUGCUGGGUACCAGGAUGACAACCUCUUCCAAGAUGAAAUGAGGUACCUGCGCUCAACUUCUGUACCUGCACCAUACAUCUCAGUUACUCCUGAUGCGAGCCCUAAUGUCUUUGAAGAACCAGAGAGUAACAUGAAGUCUAUGCCCCCCAGUUUGGAAACCAGUCCAAUAACAGAUACAGACCUUGCGAAGCGCACAGUUUUUCAAAGGUCAUAUUCAGUUGUUGCAUCAGAAUAUGACAAACAGCACUCCAUUUUGCCAGCACGUGUAAAGGCAAUCCCCAGGAGACGAGUUAACAGUGGAGAUGCAGAAGUGGGGUCCUCUCUUCUGAGACAUCCAUCUCCUGAACUUUCUCGGUUAAUCUCCGCCCACAGCUCUCUUUCCAAAGGAGAGAGAAACUUCCAGUGGCCGGUGUUGGCAUUUGUAAUCCAGCAUCAUGAUCUGGAAGGACUUGAAAUAGCAAUGAAACAAGCCUUACGGAAAUCUGCUUGCCGAGUAUUUGCCAUGGAGGCUUUUAACUGGCUUCUUUGUAAUGUCAUUCAAACAACUUCUCUUCAUGAUAUUUUAUGGCAUUUUGUGGCUUCCCUGACUCCUGCACCUGUAGAACCUGAAGAGGAAGAGGAUGAAGAAAAUAAAUCAAAUAAAGAAAAUGCAGAACAAGAGAAAGACACAAGAGUGUGUGAACAUCCUCUAUCUGAUAUAGUGAUUGCUGGGGAAGCAGCUCACCCAUUACCCCACACUUUUCAUCGUCUACUCCAAACAAUCUCUGAUCUUAUGAUGUCUCUACCCAGUGGUAGUGCGUUACAGCAAAUGGCCUUAAGGUGUUGGAGUCUCAAAUUCAAACAAUCUGACCAUCAGUUCCUGCACCAGAGCAAUGUUUUCCAUCAUAUCAACAAUAUUUUGUCUAAAUCUGACGAUGGAGAUAGUGAAGAAAGUUUUAGUAUCAGUAUACAGUCAGGUUUUGAAGUCAUGAGUCAGGAACUGUGUAUAGUGGUUUGUCUAAAAGACCUAACAAGCAUUGUUGACAUUAAAACAUCAAGCCGACCUGCCAUGAUUGGUAGUUUAACAGAUGGAUCUACAGAAACAUUCUGGGAGUCAGGAGAUGAAGAUAAAAACAAAACCAAAAACAUCACAAUUAACUGUGUAAAAGGAAUCAAUGCACGCUAUGUGUGUGUUCAUGUAGACAAUUCCAGAGAUCUUGGGAACAAAGUGACUUCAAUGACCUUUCUAACUGGUAAGGCAGUAGAAGAUCUCUGCAGAAUAAAGCAGGUAGACUUGGAUUCAAGACAUAUUGGCUGGGUAACGAGUGAACUUCCUGGGGGUGAUAAUCACAUCAUCAAAAUUGAAUUGAAGGGUCCCGAGAACACACUCAGAGUUCGACAAGUGAAAAUUCUUGGAUGGAAAGAUGGUGAAAGCAUUAAAAUAGCAGGCCAGAUUUCUGCAAGUGUAGCUCAGCAAAGAAACUGUGAAUCUGAGACACUGCGAGUAUUCCGACUUAUUACAUCUCAGGUAUUUGGAAAACUCAUCUCUGGUGAUGCUGAACCGACUCCAGAACAAGAAGAAAAAGCCCUCCUGUCUUCCCCAGAAGGAGAAGAAAAAGUACACAAUGCAACAUCAGAUGCAGACCUGAAAGAGCACAUGGUAGGGAUCAUAUUCAGCCGGAGCAAACUGACAAAUUUGCAAAAGCAGGUAUGUGCUCAUAUAGUCCAGGCCAUACGAAUGGAAGCAACCCGUGUGCGUGAGGAAUGGGAGCAUGCCAUCUCUAGCAAAGAGAAUGCCAACUCACAACCUAAUGAUGAAGAUGCUUCUUCUGAUGCGUAUUGCUUUGAACUGCUGUCAAUGGUUCUAGCAUUGAGUGGUUCCAACGUAGGCCGGCAGUAUCUGGCUCAGCAGCUGACUCUGCUCCAGGAUCUCUUCUCGUUAUUGCAUACUGCUUCUCCGAGGGUGCAGAGACAGGUAACAUCGCUACUAAGGCGUGUUUUGCCUGAGGUAACCCCUAGUCGCCUGGCUAGUAUCAUAGGAGUGAAGUCUCUUCCACCAGCAGAUAUAAGUGAUAUUAUUCACUCAACAGAAAAAGGAGAUUGGAAUAAACUGGGUAUUUUAGAUAUGUUUUUGGGAUGCAUUGCCAAAGCUCUCACUGUACAGCUAAAAGCCAAAGGAACUACUAUAACUGGGACAGCUGGCACUACAGCAGGCAAAGGAGUUACUACAGUCACACUUCCAAUGAUCUUCAAUUCCAGCUAUAUUCGGCGAGGAGAAAGCCAUUGGUGGAUGAAGGGUUCAACACCUACACAAAUUUCAGAGAUCAUUAUUAAACUGAUUAAAGACAUGGCAGCAGGUCAUCUGUCAGAGGCCUGGUCCCGUGUGACAAAGAAUGCUAUUGCUGAAACCAUCAUAGCUCUGACCAAAAUGGAAGAAGAAUAUCGAUCACCAGUGAGGUGCAUUGCAACAACCAGAUUAUGGCUGGCCCUAGCAUCCUUGUGUGUACUUGAUCAGGAUCAUGUUGAUAGACUGUCCUCAGGAAGAUGGAUGGGAAAGGAUGGACAGCAGAAACAGAUGCCAAUGUGCGAUAACCACGAUGAUGGUGAAACUGCUGCCAUCAUUUUAUGUAACGCCUGUGGGAAUUUGUGUACAGAUUGUGACCGAUUCCUACAUCUCCAUCGACGAACAAAAACUCAUCAGAGACAGGUAUUCAAAGAAGAAGAAGAAGCUAUCAAAGUUGAUCUUCACGAAGGCUGUGGUAGGACCAAGCUUUUCUGGCUGAUGGCAUUAGCAGAUUCUAAAACUAUGAAAGCUAUGGUGGAGUUCAGAGAACAGACAGGCAAACCAACCACCAGCAGUUCUGAAGCAUGUCGCUUCUGUGGUUGUAGGAGUGGAACAGAAUUAUCAGCAGUGGGAAGUGUUUGUUCUGAUACAGAUUGCCAGGAGUAUGCUAAAAUUGCCUGCAGCAAGACACAUCCCUGUGGCCAUCCAUGUGGCGGUGUUAAGAAUGAAGAGCACUGUUUACCAUGCUUGCAUGGUUGUGAUAAGAAUGCUACAACUCUUAAACAAGAUGCUGAUGAUAUGUGUAUGAUCUGUUUUACUGAAGCGCUUUCAGCAGCACCGGCUAUCCAGUUGGACUGCAGCCAUGUUUUCCAUUUGCAAUGCUGUCAACGAGUACUUGAAAACAGAUGGCUUGGGCCAAGGAUAACCUUUGGGUUUAUGUCCUGUCCUAUUUGCAAGAACAAAAUCAAUCAUACAGUAUUAAAAGACUUGCUUGAUCCAAUCAAAGAACUUUAUGAAGAUGUAAGGAGAAAAGCACUAAUGAGAUUGGAGUAUGAAGGACUGCACAAGAGUGAGGCCAUUACAACACCAGGUGUUAGAUUUUACAAUGACCCAGCUGGCUAUGCCAUGAACAGAUAUGCUUAUUAUGUUUGCUACAAGUGCAAAAAGGCAUAUUUUGGUGGUGAAGCUCGGUGUGAUGCCGAGGCUGGACAAGGAGAUGACUAUGAUCCAAGAGAGCUUAUCUGUGGUGCAUGUUCUGAUGUUUCAAGGGCUCAGAUGUGUCCCAAACACGGUACAGAUUUCCUAGAGUAUAAAUGCCGCUACUGCUGUUCAGUUGCUGUUUUUUUCUGUUUUGGGACAACACAUUUUUGCAAUGCUUGCCAUGAUGAUUUCCAAAGAAUGACAAGCAUCCCUAAAGAAGAACUCCCACACUGUCCUGCAGGUCCCAAAGGUAAACAACUUGAAGGAACCGAAUGUCCACUUCAUGUUGUCCAUCCACCUACCGGUGAAGAAUUUGCUCUGGGUUGUGGGGUUUGCAGAAAUGCUCACACUUUUUAGACUUUUUAAAAAAACAAACAAACAAAAAAAAGCAGAGCAAAACAGGUGCCCUCAUCCCUCAAAUGUCCUAAAAAUAAAGCCCAGUUGGGAUGAGGAUGGGACCAUUCCAUAACCCAGGUAAAAGGAACAAUUUGCAGUGCAAGAAGGAUGCCAAAACCAUGUACAUAAUUCUUGCUGUGAGAAAUUGACAUUUUUUUGAACCGAGACAUCAAAACUUGUGAGGUGUUUGCAUGUGGCCAUUACAGUCAUUGGCUAGGAAACAUUGAACAUUUACAAAUAAAUAAUUGCUAUUAAAGGAUCUGUGUGUCUGUGGACUAUGAAUGAUGCUGGCUUUGAAAAGAAAGAAAAAAAUAUUGAUUAUUGUAUACUGACUUUUUGUAAUCUUGUACAAUUGUAACGCAUCACAAGUGGGGAUGGGAAAGAAGAAUAUUCUGGUUUAUUUCCUAGACUGUUAUUAAAAAAAAAAAAAUUGUGUUAGGAAGACAUAAAUGUAACAAGUAUUAUGCUGUAUAUAAAGGUAUCAAUGUUUGUCCUGUAUAAGAAUUAAGUUACAACAGCAGUUUCAUUUAAACUUCUGGGUUAUGUUUGAGCCUGAAAUUUUAAUGAAGUGCAAUACUGAGUGUGCCUCAUAUCUCGCAGCUGUAAACACAAUGGAAUGUACAUGUCAAUAAAGCCACUGUACAUUUUUAUACAGUGAAAGUCUAA